AUGGCUCUACGUUUGUUGGGGCACGAAAACAUUUACGUCACGCCACAGGACAUCUACAACCUACGUCUGCUCGUUCACCACCUACAGGAGACGACCUGGGCUCCGCUCGCACUGCCGUUUAUGGGAAUACGGAUCUUCCACAGUGGCAGCUGCUCAGCAAGUAAAUUCUCAACAUUCGCAAUCCGAGAGAACGGACAGCUUGCCUGCUUCGGCGAUCGCAUAGAUGGAUUGCCCCCAGACCUGGGUCCGGUCGUGGCCGUGGCUGGUCGGUAUGAGCACGCCUGUGUCGUGAAGGCGAGUGGCGAGCUGGUUUGCUUCGGAGACAAUGAAUUUGGUCAGUGCGAUGUGCCUCCCGACCUCGGUCCGGUGGUGGCCGUGGCUGCUGGAUUUCAUCACACCUGUGCCGUGAAGGCCAGUGGCGAGCUGGUUUGCUUCGGAGACAACGAUGAUGGUCAGUGCGAUGUGCCUCCCGACCUUGGUUCGGUUGUGGCAGUCGCUGCCGGACUCAAUCACACCUGUGCCGUGAAGGCGAGUGGUGAGCUGGUUUGCUUCGGAGGCAAUGACUAUUGUCAAUGCGAUGUGCCUCCCGACCUCGGUCCGGUGGUGGCCGUGGCUGCUGGAAGCAAUCACACCUGUGCCGUGAAGGCGAGUGGUGAGCUGGUUUGCUUCGGACCUUACGGGCAUGGUCGCUCCGAUGUGCCUCCCGACCUCGGUCCGAUGGUGGCCGUGGGGGCCGGACUCUAUCACACCUGUGCCGUGAAGGCGAGUGGUGAGCUGGUUUGCUUCGGACCUUACGGGCAUGGUCGCUCCGAUGUGCCUCCCGACCUCGGUCCGGUGGUUACCGUGGCUGCCGGAGCAUAUCACACCUGUGCCGUGAAGGCGAGUGGCGAGCUGGUUUGCUUCGGGAACAAUCGCUGUGGUCAGUGCGGCGUGCCGCCAGGCUUUAGGGUUCGGCUUGUCCCACACACCCCCGAUCCAGCGCAGGAGGUGCUGCAGCCAGUGCAUCAUGAGGAGCCUCCAGCUGAAAUCUCGGAAGAGGAGAGCUCAGCCAUCGUAGCGGAGCAGGAGGCCUCCUGGAUUGAGCACAACAUUGGUUCCGGCUGGCAUGGCAGAGACUUGCAGUCACAGGCUUCUGUCAGGUUCACACGGGUGGUGCAUAUGACCGUGCGCAAUUUCCAUGAGAAGCUGAACGAGGUUCUUCAAGAGUCCGCGGCCUUGCAUCCAUAUCGGCAGGCCCUUCAGGAGGAGGGCUUGGACUGGUGUUUGCAGCCUUCUGGCGCUAAGGUCUUCAUGGAGCCCUGGUGCUUCCGCGCGAUCCGUGGCCAUCUGUCCACCAUGCGGCUGAGGCCCUGUGACAUUUUUGUUGCCGAAAACCUGGAGGAAGAGGUGAGGCGAGUGCUCCGGCAGAUCCCCCGCAGCCUUGGCGUCGUCCCGAGAAGCUCCCGGAACAUCGCCUUCGCGGACGAAGAUGAGGAAGUGGUGCUAGUGAGCCGAUCCUUCCUGAACAUCCCUGCGACCACGCUCGCCGAUCCAGCCUCCGUCGUGCAGUCCACCACCGAAGCGCGGACGCAUCAGGGAUACCACGGCACGAACCCGCGCAGAGUCCAAGCGCAGAUGUCAUGA